AUGAUGGGAGGUCUCUCUGACGGAGAGCAGGUGAAGCUGGCUCAACUCAUCGUUUUAAACCUGCAAAUCGUCGGUUCUUGCGGCAAAAAGAACGGCUGCCUAGGGGAUUUGAAGCCAAAGUGUGAUCUAAUUGACCGGCAGUACAGGGUAAAAGUCUUCAAAGGAAAGAAAGUUUGGGGAGAAUUUGACCUCAAAGUGGAACAGGCUGAGUUCUCGGAGCUGAAUGUAAUCUCUCAUGCUACGGGUAGUUUCAGUGUUGACAUGGAUGUGUAUCGGAAUGGAGUGAAGGUGGCAAGGUCCUUCACCCCGGAUUUUGUCCUGGUGAGGCAGCACGCGUUCAGCAUGGCGAAGGGCGGAGACUUCCGGAACAUCGUCAUCGGCCUGCAGUACGCCGGCGUGGCCAGUGUGAACUCCAUGCACUCUGUGUACAAUUUCUGUGACAAGCCCUGGGUGUUUGGACAACUGGCAAAGAUAUUCAAGAAACUGGGACCAGAGGAGUUCCCCCUCAUUGAACAAGUGUUCUACCCUAACCACAAGGAGAUGCUGACAACUUCAAAAUUCCCGGUGGUGGUGAAAAUGGGACAUGCCUACUCAGGAAUGGGCAAGGUCAAGGUGGACCACCAUUACGAUUUCCAGGACAUCGCCAGUGUGGUGGCCCUGACGAAGACCUACGCCACCACAGAGCCUUUCAUCGACGCCAAGUACGACCUCCGCAUCCAGAAAAUUGGCAACAAUUACAAGGCCUACAUGAGGACGUCAAUCUCGGGGAAUUGGAAAGCCAACACAGGGUCCGCCAUGUUGGAACAAGUGGCCAUGACGGACAGGUAUAAGCUCUGGGCAGACGAAUGUUCCGAGAUGUUCGGCGGGAUUGAGAUCUGUGCAGUCGAAGUAAUUCACGGGAAAAAUGGACGAGACCACAUCAUUGAGGUGAUGGACUGUGCCAUGCCUCUUAUUGGGGAACACCAGGAGGAGGACAAGCAGCUCAUCGCUGACCUCGUGAUGGCUAAAAUGAGUCAGCUUUUGCCCAGGGUUCCCAGCCCGUCACCCGUGAGACCCGCCCCGGCGCAGCAGCCUCAGAUGCCUCCACACCCGAUGUCCGCUCAGGCUCCCCUGAGACAGAGCCCCGGGUUACAGCAAGGACCCCUCCCGCAGCAGCGCCCUCCGCCGCAAGGGGGACCUCAACAGCCUACCAGCCAUCAGCCUCAACGUCAAGGCCCUCCCUCGCAUCAGAGGCCUCCUCCACAAGGCCAGCAGAUCCAAGGCCUGAGUCCGCAGUCUGGCAGUCCCUCUGCCCACCAGCAGAGAGCGCUAAGCCCCACAGCCCAGCCUCCUCCGCCCAUUCAGCGCCAGCUGAGCCCUGUGGGGCAGCCUGCCCAGCCGCAGCAGCAGCAGCAGCAGCAACGCCAAGGGCCUCCACAGCAGGCCCGGGCAGCGAACCAGCCAUCGCCGCAGCAACAGAGGCACGCCGGCGGUGGGCAGGGGUCGCCCCAGAUCCCACGGCAACCGGGCCUGGCCGGUCAGCACUCCCCCCAGCACCAGCGCCAACCGGGGCCCGGGGCACAGCAGCAGCAGCAGCAGCAGCAACAACGGCAGGCCCCAACCGGGCCUCAGCAGCAGCCGAAACCUCCAGGCCCGGCCCCCAGCCAGCCUCACCGCCAGGCGGGCCUCGGGAGCCAACAGGCCCAGCAACCGGGGCAAGGAGGGCCGCAGCGGCAGGGAGGCCCGCAGCCUCAGCGUCAACCGCAGGUGGCACCCCCCCAGCAGAGGGGGCCCGGGCAGCAGCAGUCCAGGCAGGCGCUUCCCACCACCCAGCAGCCCAGGCCUGUCGUCCAGGGCCAACAAGGACAAGGCAGGAUGGGUCCAGGCCAGCAGCAGGGCAGGCCAUCUAUCCAGCAGAAGCCCCCGGCUCUUCAAAAGGCGCCACAGCAAGAUGCGCCCGCCCCUCAUCCCCAGAUGAACAAAUCACAGUCUCUGACAAAUACCUUCAACAUUCCAGAAACUCUGCUGCCUCGCACAAGCCUCAGUCACGAUGAGGUAAAGGCUGAAACUAUCCGGAACCUGAGGAAAUCCUUCGCUAGCCUCUUCUCUGAUUGA